AUGCUUUACCAAACUCACCACUCCUUUUUAUUCCAAUUUCAUCCCUUUACUUGUUCAAUCCCUUCUUCUUCUUCAACCACCUCAACCUCAACCUCAACCUCUCCCUCUCUCCUCUCCUCUCUCUCUCCUCAUCCUCCUCUGCUCUUAACCUGUCCUCCACCUCUACCUCCACAACAGGUUGAAACUGAAAUGGAAUGCGUGGAAGCGGCCCUGAAGACCAGUAUUAGGAAGGAGAUGGCUGUCAAGGCGAGCCCACAAGCGGUUUUUGAUGACUUGUUGUGGGGCGGCGUCAAUGGGCAAAACGGUGUCGCUUGUGACGAUUUCUCAGUCGAUGACCUCCUUGACUUCUCGAACGAAGAUGGGUUUGUGGAAACAGAGGCUGAGGAAGACGAUAAAGAUAAAGUCAAGGGCUUUGCCUCUGUUUCGCCUCCGAAACAACCCCAGGACCCUGAGAACUCGGAUUUGUCUGACAAAAACGAACUUGGGCCCGAACCCACCAGCGAACUCAGCGUUCCGGCGGACGACUUGGAAAACCUCGAAUGGUUGUCUCAUUUUGUUGAGGAUUCUUUCACGGAAUUCACUACGUCUCUGCCGGCAGGGUUCAUCCCCGAGAAGCCUAAGACCGAGAAACGUCCCGACCCGGCAGCGCCUUUACCCGAAAAACCCUGUUUCAAGACUCCGGUUCCGGCCAAGGCCAGAAGCAAGCGAACCAGAACCGGCGGCCGGGUCUGGUCACUGGGGUCACCUUCGUUGACGGAGACAUCCUCGAGUUCUAGUUCCUCGUCUUCUUCUUCGUCUCCGUCGAGCCCCUGGCUCAUUUACCCCACCACCCAGAACCGGGAACCGGCCGAAGCGGGCGGCGAACCGGUCGGGUCAGUGGAGAAGCCUCCGAAGAAGCCCAAGAGAAGACUGGUGGAUGGAAGCUCGAGCCAGCCGCCUCGUCGGUGCAGCCAUUGUGGAGUGCAGAAGACCCCGCAGUGGAGAACCGGGCCCAAUGGAGCCAAGACCCUAUGUAACGCCUGUGGGGUCCGUUACAAGUCGGGUCGGCUCUUACCGGAAUAUCGACCCGCAUGCAGCCCGACUUUCUCGAGCGAGUUGCACUCCAACCACCACCGUAAAGUUCUAGAGAUGCGGAAGAAGAAGGAUGUCACCGGCGUGCCCGAACCCGGUUUGACCAGACCUCCGGUGGUGCCCAGUUUUGGUUAG